CCGUCCCUCAUGAUAGUGGAGGAACAUCGACUGGAACAGGAAGCAGCUCAGGACCGAGCCGCAACAAUUCUCACAACACCAACAUGUCCAGCAGCCCACCGUCUCCCUUUCCACUCACUUUAGCGGCAGGCGGAGCCCAGGGAGCACUCUUCGCGCCCAACGGACCUGCACGCAAUGGCAUGCAGACCAGCACUCUAAGGGCUCCCCCAGACCAAGCUCCCCUUGACCAACAGCACCAGCAACCUCAGCAGUCAUCAGUCCAGUCACCUGAGCCCCCGUCCUUCGCCCACCCCUUUGCCGUCCCCCCCACCAUCCCCCCAAAUAUGUCCCAUCCGUUCAGUGUGCCGCCAGUGCCGUGCUACCCCCCUCCCCCGCCCUCCCCCUCGCCAGGAAGCGCAGGUGAUUCGCCGACGAGCACUGCCAGCAGCAUGCACACGCCGUAUCGCAGGGAGCCGACCCUGAUCCAGUCGGUUGCCGACAUCAAUGACAUGUACGAGAUGAAGUUCAACGAGAAACUCGGCAGCGGACAGUAAGCUAAUGACCACACAGCACAAUGGGGCCAGAGAAACAUGUUGUGUGCAUCGAUCGCAUUCGUGUGGUGUUUGGUGCAGCACUGGAGAGGUGUUUGACGCCGUGUGCCGACAGACCAACCAGCAGCGCGCCAUCAAGCGCAUCCACAAGACAGACCUGAAGUACGUAGCACCCACACCCCCACAUGGACACACGACACACACGCUGUCUCUGAUUGCAUCUCUCAUUCUGUCCAUCCAGGUUGGUUGUGGACGAGUCGUACUUCCGCGACAUCUACGACUUCAUAGUUCGCUGCGGCCACCCCAACCUGGUCAAGAUCUGUGAGGUGCUCGAGGACCCCGAGCACUUCUACAUCGUGAUGGAGAAGUGCAAGGGGCCCGACCUGGUGGACUUCACGGAAUCGUUCGAGCCGGGUGACAUUCCUGAGGCGGACUGCAAGCGCAUCAUGAGGAACCUACUCGCUGCUGUCCGACACCUGCAUGAGCAUAGGGUAAGUGGGUGGGGCAAUGGAGGGAUGGGUGGGUGGCCCACCUGCACAUGCCUCCCUCCCCCCACCAAUCAUCUCACUUGUCCAUCUCUCCCUGCGGUGUGUUUGUCAGCUACUGCAUCGCGAUAUCAAGCUUGACAACGUGCUCUUCAAGGACCGGCCUGGAGGUCAGGUGGUGCUCCUGGACUUCGAUAUGUGUAUGUUUAUCGACCGAGCCGACUCCCCCAAGACCGUCGAGAAGGAGGGAGAGAUCUCUGUAGUCGGCACCAGAGGCUACAUGGUAAGCAACAAGCAAACAAGCAAGACAGCAGCAACGGGCAGACAGUGGGGAAGAUGUCUGUGGCUGGCUGUAUGUGUGUGUGCAGGCUCCUGAGUGUUACAAGGGUCAGAAGGGUCAGUACACCCAGGCGUCAGACCUCUGGGGAUGCGGCGUCAUCCUGUAAGUCAGAGAGAGAGAGACACCAAUGUCAUCAAACCAUCAACACACACAAAUCAUCAUCACACCCUCUGUGUGUGCAGGUACGUGUUAAUCACUGGUAAUUUCCCAUUCAUCCUGUCCGAGUGCAAAAGCAGCCGGGAAGUGCGAAGGGUUCUCAGACAGGUAAGGAUGAGCGCGAGACGCUUUACACACACACAACGGAUUCAUAUGCUCGCGCGUGUGUCAGGGUUUCCUCAAGUUCGAGGACGCCGUAGUGCAGCGUUUCCCUGCUGCCACCGACCUCAUAAGCCGUCUCCUGACCUACCACCCCAAUGGCAGACCAUCCUCAGGUAGAUCGCACAGAGAGAGGAGCUCUGCCACCUAGGUGCCGUGGGAGACGUGCCUGUGUCACGUGUGUGUUGUGUCAGCGCAAGAGGCGUUGGAUCAUCCCUGGUUUGGACCGUCCCUCUUGUGCCGUCCCUACCCCCUCACCAUGCCAACCUCGUCGACUGGGCUGACAGCACCCCCGAUGACGGCACCCCCAUGGAUGACGCCAGCACCCCCAGGGAUGACGCCAGCACCCCCAGGGAUGAUGACGCCAGCACCCCCAGGGAUGACGCCCCUGACGGCUCCCCCAGGCAUGACGCCCUUGACGGCUCCCCCAGGCAUGGCGCCCCUGACGGCUCCCCCAGGUAUGACGCCCCUGACGGCUCCCCCAGGCUCCCCCAGGCAUGGCGCCCCUGACGGCUCCCCCAGGCAUGACGCCCCCCGCCCCCGUCCAGCAGCAGGGCAGCGCCAACAGCCCAUCGCACAUGCACAACCCCACUGGUGGACCCCUGUUGCCCAUGCCACCCAUGACGCCCCCCGGCAGCUCCCCCGUGCACAACCCAUUCGCCCACGUGUCGCCGAACGCAUCGCCAUCCCCGCUGACGCCGCGAGCACAAUCGCUGGAGCUGCCCCACGACGGCCACCCCGUCCACCCGCAUCGGCAGCCAGUAAGCAGAUGAGAUACGCACACCCACACAAAAGACUUGGGGGCGGAGAUCAUUUGGAAUGUGUUGUGACUUCGUGUGUGUGUCUGUGGGUGUCCGAUGCAGGCCUUGACAGUUGAGAUGGGGGACCGUCCAAUCAGAGCCAGGCCAGCUCACCCACCCCGCAGCCAAGCCCCACUCACCAGCAGCAACGCCACAACACAUCCGGGAGCGACAGUGCCGAGGGCCUCAUCUCACCCAACGCCAUCAGCCUUCUGGACCAGGCCAUCCGGCACACUGUGGAUGGUGUUGACUUGGGUGGGGAGGGGCUGGUGUCCAUGGGGCUGGUCGGCAUGGGACAUGAGGGCGGUGACGACGGGCGGGCAAUGGACAUGGACGAGGCGGACGGCCGCUCGUUCACCGGCGCACAAAGCAACUUGGGAGCCGGCACUGCUGGUACGUCAGGAAAGACACCACAUCAAGCCCUUCCCACCACACACAUCAGAGGUCGUUCUGUGCCAUGCGUGCCGUGUUGUGUGCAGAGUUGAUGAGUCCGGCCCUCUCUCACUCGACCGGCCCGGCUGAUGUGACCAAUUCCAGCAGCACACCGCAAAUCCCUCCCCCAUCACUGCAGCAGCCCCAGGCACUGCCCCAGCCAGGCAUUCCAUCGCAGAAAAGAAGUGCAGCACUGCUGACCGGAGCCACUGGGCAGCAGCAGCGGCAGCAGCAAGAAUUGUUCUCGUCGAUCCCGUCAUCUCUAUGGCUCAUGGAUAAGGGGCAGGGUGCCAUUGGGAAGGGACGGGGGCAAGGAAUGGCUGGCACUGCACAGGAUGCAUCUAGCAGCAGCACUGGCACAGGUGGGUGGGUCUGAGGGUUGGCUUGGUGGUGCUCGCUCAUGUCUCUCGAUCGUGUCUCAUUCUGGUCGAUCAGGUGGUGCCAAGUUGGUUCCGAUGGGUCGCACCUCGCAGACGGGCAGUGCUGCCAGUACUGCCGAGUCCCAGGCGGAUCCCAAGCAAGAGGCCCUUAGUGUGGCAUGUAAGUGAAGAACUGGCUGAUCAAUCACCAAUGGGACGCACUUUUGCGUGUCUCUUUCCUCCUUUGCUUUUUCAAUCCAGGUUGUGAGUUGCUGAGCCCGACGCUCGGUCACAGCAGCAUGACGGUGGGCAGCAGCGGGUCGGCUCUCUUCGGCUCAUCGCACGUGGCCACCGCCGCACUCUCCCACGCCCCCCCGUCCCUAUGGCCAGGCAUCACACACUUGGGCCCACAUAUCAGAGGCAACGGCAGUGGGGGUAUCCUCGCCCCGUGGGAAGACUCACGGCCACAGACCAUGACGGCACUUCUGACCGGGGCCGCCGGGCAGCAGCAGCAGCAGCAGCAGGACUCGUUCACGUGGCCUCCGUCAUCGCUAUCGCUAGAUGAGGGGAAAGGUGCCCCUGGGGCCGGGCGGGGGCAGGGGAUAGCAGGCACUGCACAGGAUGCAUCUAGCAGCAUCACUGGCACAGGUGGGUGGGUCUGAGGGUUGACUUGGUGAUGCUCGCUUAUCUGUCUCGGUCGUGUCUCAUUCUGGUCGAUCAGGUGGUGCCAAGUUGGUUUCAAUGAGUCGCAGGCGGCAGGCUAAGGGUGGUGCCGGGCUGUGUAUGUGCAUGGGGAGUGGGUUGUGUACUGCAUGUCAAUGAGAAUGCAUGUCUUCGUGAGCUGGUAUGACGGUACAUGAUGGCUGCUUAAUGGGAGACAAACGAGCGUGGAUACAUGAGUAAUGGGACAUCUCUUCAAUCUCUUCA